AUACCCCCUCCAUUGCUGCAACCCCUCGUUUGCCGAGCCUUCCGCGCAUGUGUCUUGGCGCCAGCGCGAUGUUAAGCUGAGCGCAUCGUCAGUUGAUUGGCGUACACGCGCAAUCAUGGUAUGUGCGUACGCCGUUUGGUGGAGCCUGCGCGCCGCGCCAUCUCCGCUCACUCCCGGCCAUGUCCCUUUGGCGGAACUGUCUUGUCCCGCGGCCGUUCCGUCUACGCUCUCUUGCCGUGUUGCCGUCCUUCCCCGCUCUUGCUGCGCCUGUGAUUGGGGACUAUCGACCUUCGACUCAUGUUAUGAAACAGAUAGGCAUGACCGGCAAACACGCUGUACAUAUCUACUCAAGCAAGGAGACGCCCGUGCUCUAAAACAUGCUCUCUCUGCCUAAAAUGCCACAUAUGCUCAAGCGACAGCAGAUUGCCCUCUAGAUAGUGUACUCCCAAAGACUAACACUCAGUUCCAAACGCCGUCGUCCGCAUCGUGACAAAUGACAAACAAAACGCCUCUGUACCACCGCGCUUUCCCAUGCACAUCUUG